AUGGCUUCUUCUUACACACUUUUGCUCUUCGUUUGCCUCUCCAUCUUUUUCAUUGCUUCCACUGAGAUGAUGAUGGUGGAAGGAAGAGUUUGCGAGAGGCGAAGCAAGACAUGGACAGGGUUUUGUGGCAACACUCGCGGCUGUGACAGUCAGUGUAAGAGAUGGGAACGUGCUUCACACGGGGCUUGUCACGCUCAGUUCCCUGGUUUCGCAUGUUUCUGCUACUUCAAUUGCUGAAGCAAGCAAAGACUUCUCAUAAGUACAAAACCAAAACCUUUAGCUUGGGCACUAAUAAAAAGAUCUUGUGUUUGGGAGUUACCACUAUGUAUGUCUAGAGUUUCUUGUGAUCAAAACCAAAAUCUGUCUAUAAUAAGACUGUUUCGCAGUCUUAUCAACUUGAGCAGGA